UCAUGGAAGCAGAUGGUAUAGUAAUGUCUCUUCCCGUGGAUUUUCUCUAUCAGGCAUUGAAAUCCGGAUUUAAUGAUAUCCGAUGGACCUGUCUUUUUAAUACUCAUUCAUGUUAUGUGGAAACGAGAGUUCAGAAGACAAAUUCUCAACAAACAUUACGUUUGUCUGUAAGUAAAUCAGGAAAGAGAGUUGACUUUUCUAAUGCCUUGGAAAUAAAUAUAACGAACGUUCAAAAAGAUGAGAAUCAGUUUGUUGAUCAAGUCAAUAAACAUCAAGGAUGUCACGUGGACACAGAGAUAUUGAAUCCUCCAGGAACACCCACUCCUCCAGAUAACCCAAACCAGAUUCUAAAGAGAAAACGAGGUAGGCCAAGAAAAUCUGCUUCUGAUGAAGGAAAACCGAACAUUGUGCAACAAGAAACAGAGGGCAAUAGGUACAGUUUACGUGGAGUGAAAAUUUCCGAGUCCAUUAUGAAUGCUGAAAAGGGGAUCGAGAGUAAUAGAAAUGACAAAGAUUACAUUGUGAUCCUCCCAUCAGAUUGGAGUGAAGAUACAGUGGAUACUUUAGAUCAAGCUGCCAUUGACACUGAAAACCUAAAUACCUUGAAAAUAUUUGAAAGUGAAGACUUAAGGUUAACCGUAAAGGAAAAUGUUAGCAAUAAAUCCGAAGAUGUGCACAAUAUAAAUCAAAACGAAUCACUUGUUCAAGAAUUUUCAGACAAACUAUCCAGUGAACCUGCAAAAUCUAUUGAUUCAGGGAAGAUUACGAACAAACUAACUCAAGAGAGCAAUGAAAAACCACAAAGUGAUGUUGAUGGUCAAAAUGAUUUUUCCAAGUCCAAACCUUAUACCUGCCAUCAAUGUGAAAAGUCAUACAAGAAUUUUCAAACCUUGAGGAAUCAUAUCAGAUAUGUUCACAAAAUAACAGGUCAAAAAAACCAUUGCAAACUUUGCCCUGCCAAAUUCAAACAUUCAUCUGUGUUAAAGCAACACUGUGAUGAAAUCCAUAACAAGAAAAUUAACUUUACAUGUACAGUAUGCAAAAAGGAGUUUGCCAGGAGGAACCAAUACAACAGACACAUGCUCUCCCACGGGGGUGAUAAAUCGAGACUUUUAAAUUGUCCGCACUGUGAGAAGGGAUUCUGGUUUAAGUACAAUCUUACAAGACAUAUUGAACUAGUACACAAGCCCUCUGUGGAGAACUUUCAUUGCUCCUACUGCGGAAAGGGUUUCAAUCUCAAGGCAGCCAUGGUUUCUCAUGUACAACAUGUUCACUUCAAUAUUUUUCCAUUCCAGUGCAGUGUUGAUGGCUGUAAGAUGGGGUUUUCUAGACAGAGGCUGCUUCUGGAACACAUGCAGCAGUCUCACUCUGACGUAACAUACAAACCGCCUCAGUUAUCCAGAGGAAGAUAUAAGUACGGGAGGACCGACGAGGAUUUGUUUUUCUGUUCUCACUGCAGAGUCAGCUUCUGUUACAAAGCUAAGCUGGUGGAACACAUGCACUUCGCUCACAAUGACUCCUUCCCAUACAUCUGUGAUCAGUGUUCUCAAGGGUUUGUGGAGAAAUCUUUCUUGUUACAUCAUCUCAAGUACGCUCACCACCAGAAUAUAGAGAACAAAGAAAUCCAGGAGGCAAAGGAGACCGUUGAAGAAUUGGAAGCAUUGACAGAAGAGAGGGACGUCAACUGUAAGAUUAUCAUGGUGGAUGAAGAGGGAGAAGUCCUUCAGAUCUGUCAACCUAUCGCCAAAGACACCACCGCUACAUUAGAGAUGCCAGGGACACUAACAAAUGCUGAAGAGACUGUAACCUUGUCGUAUUCCAUGACGUCCGAUAAUCAACAGGAAACAGUUCAGUAUAUAAUUCAGCCCGACUCUGAUCAAACGGCAGUCAUCCCUCAGGAAAUAGCAGACAUCCUUCUGUCUGGUGGCCAAACAAUAAUCACCCAUCAAGCCAACAAAGGCUCAGAAACUAGUGACAUCACUAGUGACAUCACAGAUGUAAAUGAACAAGAUGACAUCACAGACUCAGCAGACAGUUCAGACUUUGUUGUUGCAAGUGAUCCGAUGGAAUAAGAAUUGUCAAACAAAAUUCACGGUUUU